AUGAAGUUCGCCCCGAGCUGUGGCUGCGCCCGUGCCCGCUCCGGCCGCCGCCAGCCCGCGCUGCCGAUCCUCCUGCUGCCGCUGCUGCUGCCGCUGCUGCCGCGGGCCGCCGCCGUCCCGCUGCCCGGGGCCGCAGACUCCUCGGGGGAGGCCGAGCCGGAGGAGGCGGCGGCGCGGCGGGCGGCGCUGCCCCACAGCCUGCGGCUGGCGCAGCUGCUCCGCGACCGGGCGGCUCAGCUGCAGCGAGAGAUGUGCGAGAAGUUCACCGUCUGCGAGAACAGCAUGGAAAUGCUCCUCCGGAACAACCUGAACCUCCCCAGAGUGACGGAGGAAGACGGGUGUCUGCAUGCCGGCUUCGAUGAGGAUAAAUGCUUGAAAAAAAUCUCCAGCGGGCUUUAUACAUUUCAGACAUACCUCAAAUAUGUGCAAGAAACUUUUAUUAGUGAAAACCAAAACCUUGAAUCGCUAUGCUAUAGCACAGAGCACCUGGCACAUACCAUAAGACAAAUGGUGAUCAAUCCCGAAGAAGUGAUCAUCCCAGAUGCAGCCACCCAGGAAUCCCUCCGCACAAAGCUGAAGUCCAGUAAGACCUGGAUAGAGAAAAUCACCACCCACCUCAUCCUCCGAGACUUUACUUCAUUUAUGGAGAAAACAGUGAGGGCUGUGCGCUAUUUGAAAAAUACCAGGAGUUUCAGUGCCUAAAUGUUUUAGUUCAGGCACAAUCCUUUGUUACACAUCUGUCAUGUGGCAGACAAGAGUGUUGUUCUGUUUUAAGAACCAGAAAUAGUAACAAUGGUUUGCAUUUAUAUACAUUCUUAUUUCCUUCUAGGAAGUUAUUUAUUGUAUUUAAAAUAUUUAUUAAUUUCUAAUGUUUCUUAUUUAUAUUUUCAAUAUUUAGAAAUAAUUUAAGCAAUUUUCUAAUGGUACUAUUCAGAAUAGCAACUUAUUUAAUACGUACUCAACAAAAGAAUAUUUUCAGAACCCAGAAAAAUUGUUGCAUACCUUAUGUUUUUAAACUAUUUGAAAGAUGCUAUUUAUGACUUAUUUAUAUUUUUAAAACAAAUAAAAGCUGAUUUUAAAAAAAGGCCUGUAUAACCCGUGUGAACUUUAAAUAAGACUAAGGUACUCUAAUCUAUUCAAGUUUUUAAUGCCUGCAAUUAUCAGAAUAACCACUUUCAAGAAUUUAUCUGUAUAAUGAGUUCAGUUAUCUAUAUAGCAUGUAUGUACACACAUAAACAGACAACUUGGUCAACAUAUAAUUCAUAAAACUGGAUAUAAAGGAACCAGAUGUAGUGAACAUGGAACUUAACAGUGUACACAAUAAACUACCAUUGCUCCUGAGAAACAAAUGAACAAUAAGUCCCCCAUAUUUAAUAAGGAAAACUCCAUAAAACUGUAAUUGUUUGGAUCUUCUUACAAGUUUAACAAUCUCUUUUAAAUAAAUAAAAUGGUGAGACAAUCACAUUAACCACUUUGACAUGAAUACUAUCUUUUGACUAGUUUUAUUGCUGUCAUCCAAGGGAAUUUUCCAAGUUUGAUUAAACAUUUCUCCCUCCUCUCUCAAGAAGCAGAAAAAAAUCUUAGGUUCUUUCCUUAGGUGCUAUAAAUCAACAUAUUGCUGCUGAGAUGUCAAUGACCAUGGUUGAUACAAUGCAUCUGUCUUUUAUAUUCCACUAGGAUGGACAGGCCACAAACCACAAAUGCAUAUUCUUGAAUACUGUAUAGAAAAAAACCAAAACAAAACAAGACCUAAGCCUGAGUAUCAAACUGCUGAAACUUUCCUUAGCUGCAUCACCUGCAGCACUGGAGCUGUGCAAGUACCAGGUACACCCAAACUCUGAGGAAUUCACAGGCCUCACAAUGGAUGCAGGCAGCAAAAGUCACUCGAG